CCGCGUGCGGCGUUAAAGUAUUAUUAUUAUUGCGUCUGCUCGAUCACAUUCUUAACAUAACCUCGCCAAAAUGCAACGCGUUUGGUGCAUAGUCGAAUAAUAAAAUUCGAUUUUGUGUAAAAAUUACGACGUGACACCUAACUUCGAUUAUACUACUUAACAUUUUUAGUUUUAAAUUUUCAUUAUCCGCAUAAAAAAUUGCGUGACAGUUAAAAAAAUGUCACAUUACGGAUUAUUAGUUGGCCUCAGGUCUAACAUGUGCAAUUGUGUUCAUGGAAUCAGAAUCAAACAGAAACUAGUCAAACAAGCUAAUAUUUUAGCUCAAACUUAUAAAGAAUUAUCAACUAGCUCUUUGAUUAGUAAUUUUGGAUCAGCGUCAUCACAAAAUUAUUUUCUUUACACAGACAUUAGAAGAUUUAACACUUGUUUGUCAGUAAAAUAUUUAGCAUCAUCAAAUAGAAAUAAAAAUCAUCAAGAUUUAAUUAGGGAAAGAGAAGAUCCAAUAGAUAAACUUGAUAAUAGGCUUGUGGAAGAAAAAAAUUUUUUUAGUAAGCAUGGAGCAAAAAUUGAGUCAGUAGAUUCUGAAUUAACAAUGAGAUGGAUUAAUACAAGUAGUUUACAGACUGAUAGAGUUCCAUCUAAAGAAAUUGAAGCUAGAUUUCCAGAGCCCAAAAUAUAUUUACAUAAUUAUUACACACUUGUGUCAAAUGAAACCAAAAUCUCCAAUGUUUUGCGUUCAAGUAGCAAAAAAGUGAAUACAAAAAAAUCAGUGGCUUGGUCUGUAACUUACGACAUUAAAUGGCCUGAAACAAGAUCAUUUACAGCAACUGGAACUUCAAAAAGUGCUGCAUCUAGAAUCGCAGCAUUAAAAUUAUUGCACUGGUUGCAUAUAACAGAUAGAAUUCGGAAUCAAGCACCAGUCAUUUAUAGCAAUGAUGAAAAACGUAGUAUUUUAACUAAACCAGAAGAAUUAUCCUUAAAUAAAGAUUCUGUAGUUCAUAUGCAAAACUUUUUAGAAAAAUAUGAAGAAAAAAUCAAGGCAGCUCUUGAAAAAGAUCCAGAAGAUAAACUCAUUCAAUCUUAUGAAAUGGAUAAUCAAUCAACAAGUCAUCACCCAAUUUCCCAUUAUGAAGUUGAUAUAGAAGAAAGAAAUGCAGAAUUGCUAGAAGCUCUGAACCAGAGAGAAAAUGUUAAAAAAUCAAAUCUACCGAUCUUUGCUUACAAAGAAGCUAUUUUAAAAGAGCUUGAAGAAAAUCAAGCUGUGGUAAUUAAGGGUGACACAGGUUGUGGUAAAACUACUCAAGUGCCUCAGUUCAUCAUGGAUUAUUUUGCAGCCAAAGGGAAAGGAGGAGAGUGCAACAUGAUUGUAACUCAACCCCGGCGUAUAAGUGCUAUCUCGUUAGCUCAACGUAUAGCUUAUGAACGUCAAGAAAAAAUUGGAGAUGUGGUUGGUUAUCAAGUACGUCUACUCAAUGCUUUGCCAAAGCAAAAUGGUGCAAUUUUAUUUUGUACCACUGGUGUACUCUUAAAAAAACUUCAAAGCAAUUUAGGCCUGAAGGGCUGUUCGCAUAUUAUUGUGGAUGAAGCUCAUGAGCGCAGUGUCGAUACCGAUUUAUUAUUAGUAUUGUUGCGUCGCGCAAUGAAAGAAAAUCCUGAGCUAAAAGUUGUCGUUAUGUCUGCGACUAUAAAUGCAAAUCUGUUCCAAGAUUUCUUAGGUUGUAAAUCUAUAGAAGUUCCUGGUCGCUUAUUCCCCGUUAAAAUGCACUUCAUUGAAGAUAUGGUCAAGCUUGGUAUUUCUCGUCCUCGAGUAAUUGAAGAUGAAGAUGGAAACAAAGUUUUCGUCGAUGCGGAAGCCAUUACUGAUAUGAUCAAAUAUAUAACAGAUAAUAAGCCUCCUGGUGCAAUAUUGGUCUUCUUACCUGGCUGGACACAGAUUCAAAAGAUUCAAAAUAAUUUAGAAAACUUUACAAAUGCAGAUCUACGUGUAAUACCAUUGCACUCGAAGAUAAAUAUGAAAAACCAAAGUACCAUAUUUGAAAAACCUCCAGAAGGAGUUCGCAAGAUCAUUUUGGCUACGGAUAUUGCGGAAACUGGUAUAACUGUACCGGAUGUUGUUUACGUCAUUGAUUCAGCUUGUCAUAAUCAAUCUCGCUGGUAUGAAAGCAAGGGCUUGUCUGCCGUAGAUACUCAUUUUGUCAGCCAAGCAAACAUAAAGCAAAGAAAAGGACGUGCAGGUAGAGUGACAGAAGGAGAAAGUUAUCAUUUCAUCACCAGAGAUCAGUAUGAAAGUCUCGAACUUUAUCCCAAACCAGAAGUUUUGCGAGUUUCGCUAGAAAAAGUAGUUCUAGAUUCUAAGACCUACAGCCAUGAAAAGGCUGUGAAUUUCCUUGGAGAAAUGCCACAACCUCCUCGCCUAAGUGCUGUCAAUAAAGCUGUAAUGGAUUUACAACAAUUGGGUGCUCUGGAUUACAACGAAAAUCUAACGGCUCUGGGAAAGCGAAUUGCCAUGUUUACCAUUCAUCCAAAAAUGAGUAAAGCUAUGGUAUAUUCUACUAUUUUCCAAUGUUUGAAUCCAGUAGCGACAGUCGCAUCAGCCUUUACCAUGGAUUCUGAUGUAUUUUACAACUCUCUGAACAGUAAAGCACGCAACCGCUUCACGAAGCAAAAAUUCCAUCCAACGAGCGAUCAUUUGUCGAUCGCUUGGAUUUAUGCUCAAUGGGAGAGUUUCUUGAACAGAAAUGAAAAUUCUACUUUUUAUUUUUGCAAAAAAAAUAAUUUACACGCCGAGCGCGUGAUAGUUUUACACAAAACUCGCAGCAUGAAUAUAGAUAAUCUUCGAGAUGCAGGUCUCGUUGAUAACGUCUACAGGGCCACUGAUCUAAACAGUAAAGAAAAUGACUUCGCUACUUUAGAUGAACUUGUACGCGGUGUACUGCUCGCAGGUAUGGAUCAUAUUCUCAAGCACAGAAAUUUCGAUGUGAAAAAAGGCCGCCUAUCGCGAUCGGGUACAUCACUGGUAACUGAGGAUAAUGUCAAAGCACAACUGACACCAGAAAGCGUCAAUUACAAGGCCGAAAAUUAUCCGAGUCCCUUCCUCACUUACUAUCGAAAAACGCACCACAUGGAAAGAAGAACAAUCCUGAUACGUGAAAGUAGCAUGAUUUCACCUGUUACGGUCGUAUUAUUCAGUCAAGGUCGCGUCACUGGUUCAUUGUAUCCGGGCGAUAAUGGAAGCGAAGAUAAGUUAUUAAUUCAAAUUGAAAAAAAGAAGAAUGUACAGUUAUUGACUGACGUCGAAUCGGCAAAAACGCUUUUACGCUUCCGAGAUUUGAUGUGGUCCGUCGUUCGCUAUUUCGUCGAAAACGAUGAUAAAAGAAACAAACACCGCGUUAUAGAAUCAGGCAGCAACGCCGAAAAUAUCCACGCUUACAAAAAGGAGUUAUUGAGAGUGUUGGCGCACGUGUUGAGUAAUCAUUCAACUAUGAUAGAUAACCCACCCGAAAAAAAACAAAUAGAUUCUAAGCCACAAGUACAGUCUCUAUUGUCCGAUGACGAUGGCUAUAUGCGAUAGAUUAGUUUGUAAAUAUAAAAUAAUUGUUAUUGUAAAUAGUUUUUACAUGUUAUGAAAUUGUUAUAUAUUAGGACAUUAAAUACUUAACGACG